AUGUCAAAUAUUAUUUUUAGAAUAUCAAGCCUUGCUGUUCUUUUAAAUAUAGUUUUAGGAGAUAUUGUAUUAUUAUAGGAAGAUCUUGUUCAUAGUCUUUCUUCUACUGGAUGGUCUAACUAUAAAACUAGAACAACCCUUGUAGCUUUGAAGGAAACGGAAAAUGGUUGCUUAGGUGCUUACGAUAAGGACGCUACAUCUAUUUAAAAGACUUUUGGAGGUAGCUUUCCUCCACAUUGGAGUAUUAGCUUUGACCUAUUUGUUUAUUAAUUUGGUACUUGGUAAAAUGAUGAAUUUGCAAGUGUAAGUUUAGAUGGAAUUGUUCUUGGUUCAGUUUUUAAAAUGGUUAUCAGUGAUAUUGAUUUAGAAAAUUUGGGAUAUUAUAAUGGUGGAGUAAAGAUAUUUCAUAUUAAUACUACACAUACAGCACCAUCAGCACUCAUCAAUAUAUAGCAUAAUUUGAGAUAAAUUGUAGUCUUAGAAUGGAUUUGUUUUAAUGAUAUUAGGUUGUGGAUAGACACAUGUGAUGAAACAUGUGCUUCUUGUAAUGGUCCAGCUCCUAAUUAAUGCACAAGCUGCCCUGCUGGAGCAACUUUGAAUACAGGUAAAUGUACUUGCCCUGCAGGCUAAUAUGGUUCUAAUUAUUAAUGUGUAACCUGUCCAGCUGGGACUUGGGCUGACACUAAUUUAAAUAAAUGUGUUCCUGCAUGUGUUGUUGGGUCAAAUUUUUGUAGUAUAUGUAAAGAUUAAAGAUCAUGCGAUUAAUGCAGUGGAGGAAAAGUAAGUUACAAAGGUGAUUGCAUAAAUAGCUGUCCCUUUUUUUAUGAUUCAAAUGCUGGCGCGUGCUAACCACUAGAAAGAAGCUUUCAGAGAGGACAAACUAUUUAUUAGGGCUUAGAUGGGAUUAUUGAUUAAGCUAGUACAACCCCAUUUACUUUUAGCUUCACAAAAUAUCAUAAUUUAAAUUAGAAUUUUUAUGUUUGCAGUAAUGGUGUUAGGAUGCUAGGAGGCUUUGAUUUAACUGGAUCUGGCAAUUUUAUUUAUUAUUAAUCUGGAACAAUUCCAUAUCAUUGGAAACUUAGGAUUAAAGUAAAAGUAAUUUACAUAGAUACAUGGGAUAGUGAAUAUUUCUACUUGAAAGUUGAUGGGCAAACAGUAUUAUCUGAUAGAAAGGAUCAAAGAGAUUUUUCAUCUAAUUUUUGUGGAACAGCUAAUAGAAAUACUAAUGAUUAGAUAAUUGAAUAUGACAUAACUGUAAAUCAUAGUGGAACGUCAUUCAUUUUAGGAUUUGAAACUAAUUUAGAUGAAAGUUUAACUAACGAAUCAUUCGGAAUUUCUAAUUUGAUAGCUGUAAUUGAUUUGUGUCCAAACUAAUUAUGCGCAACAUGCACUGAUAGGAUUUGUUUAACUUGUGUAAAUGGGGCAUUUUUAGAUGCCACAAAUAUUUGUGUAGCAACAUGCCCAGGAGGAACAUUUGGAAAUAUUUUAAAUGGAAAAUGUGAAACUUGUAGUCCAGUAUGUUUAACUUGUAGCAACUCUCCUAGAAAUUGUACAGCUUGCUAACCUACCAGAGGACACAAUGCUGUUCUUCCAGAUUGCGCAUGCUAAUCAAACGAGUAUGAUAACCUUCCAAAUCCAACUUGCAAAUAAUGCUCAUAUAAAUGCUUAACAUGUACUUAAGUAGAUUCAAAUUGCACUACUUGUUCUGCUAAUAGACCUAAUAGACCUCCCUCCUGUAAUUGUGAUGAUGGAACUUUUGAAUAAGAUAAUUAAAAUCCUGUAUGUGGAACAUGUGAUAGUAAGUGUUCAACUUGCUCUGGAUAAGCAGAUCAUUGCUUAACAUGUAAAGGAAAUAGAAUUAGAGUUCCUAACUGCACAUGUCCAGAAGGUACAUUCGAUGAUGGAGUCAGUUUAAAUUGCAUUCCAUGCAAUCCAAAAUGCAGAACUUGUUCAGUAACUCCAGAUAAUUGCGCUACUUGUAAUUCAAAUAGGGAGAUGCCUAAUUGCACUUGCCCUAGAUAUAAGUAUGAUGAUGGUUCUCUAAUUUGCAAAGUUUGUUCUUACUAAUGUGCUACUUGCGUUGGAAGUGCCAAUAAUUGUACCUCGUGUGCUGGAAAUAGAUUACCUCAAACUCCUUAAUGUCCUUGCCCCCCAAAUUAUAAUGAUGCUGGAUAUGCUAAUUGUGUUGUUUGUGAUCCAAAAUGUAAUACAUGCUCUGCAGAUUCUAAAGAUUGCGUAACUUGUGCAGCUAAUAGAAGACAAAACCCACCUUUUUGUACUUGUCCUAUUGGAACCUAUGAAAAUGACAGAGCUAAUUGUCCAUCAUGUAGUUACAAAUGUAGUAGCUGUGAUAGAUCUGAUAACAAUUGCAUAUAAUGCUCACAUACUACUCGUAUUAAUGCUCCUACUUGUGAUUGUAAGGAUGGGUAUUUUGAUAAAGGUACUAUAGAUUGUGGAGUAUGUCCCAUAAAGUGUGUUAAUUGCAGAUCUGAGACUGAAUGUACAAUUUGCUCAACAAAUAGAUCAAACCCACCAUAGUGCAGUUGCAACGAUGGAUUUUAUGAAGACUCAAACAGAGAAUGCAGAGCCUGCCACCCUAAUUGUAAUAGAUGCAUCGGGCCUGGACCAAAUUAAUGUCAAACAUGUGCAGGAAACAGAAUAGAUUUCCCAACUUGUAAAUGCCCAAUAGGUACUUACGAUGAUGGAAAUAUAGCAUGCCCUAGAUGCAACUCUGCAUGUUCAUCUUGCUCAGGCCCAUCAGUUAAUGAUUGUGCGUCUUGUUCUGGAAAUAAAAUCUAUGAUUCUUCUUCAAAUAAAUGUGUUUGCCCAAAAAACACUUAUGAUUUAGGAAUUGGAUAUUUCUGUGCAUAAUGUAAUGUUUUCUGUGAUGGAUGCUAAGGAAACCCAAAUAAUUGCAUAAAAUGUGCAGGAGGCCGUACAGGUUUCCCUUUUUGCAAUUAAUGUCCAGAUGGAACAUUUGAUAAUGGAGGUCUUACAUGCUCAAGAUGCAAUACUAAUAUAUGUUCAACAUGCUCAUAAUCUCCUUCUAGUUGUACAACUUGUGCUCCAAAUAGAAUCAAUCCACCUCAAUGUACAUGUUUACCAGGUACAUUUGAUAAUGGAAUAAGUUGUGAAACUUGUGAUCCUAUAUGCAGCUCUUGUAAUUAAUAGAAAUAAAACUGUACUCAAUGCAUUGCAGGAAGAAGUGGGGCUCCUUAUUGUGGAUGCAAUGAAGGAACUUAUGAUGAUGGAGUUAAUAUAGCUUGUUAGUAAUGCCCUAACUAAUGUUUGACUUGCUCUGGAUCUAAUUCUUGCACAUAAUGUAGAGGUGACAGAAUUAACCUACCUAGUUGCUAGUGUCCCUAUGGAAAAUUUGAUGAUGGUGUAAGCGAAAUGUGUAGAGAUUGCCAUCCAAAAUGUGGAUCUUGUUAAGGAACAAGUGAUAAUUGCACUACAUGUAAAGGAAAUAGAGUUAAUUUCCCUGUAUGUUAAUGUCCUGAUGGGUAUUAUGAAACAGGAGAUUUUAUUUGUGCUCGAUGCGAUAAAAAAUGUGGAUCUUGCUCUGAAUCACCUACCCACUGUCUAACAUGUUCAGGACAAAAAAUAAAUCCACCAGAUUGUUCAUGCCCUAAUUAAACCUAUUAUGAUUUAGUUUUAAAUGAUUGUUCACGUUGUUUCCCUACAUGUUAAAUUUGCACUGGAAAGUUCCCUAAUUAAUGCUUGUUAUGUUUACCAAGUUUUAUCAUGAGAGAUGGAAUGUGUCAAGGUGAAGUGGGUACCUAUGUUGAUUAUGAAUCUAAUUCAAUAAAAAACUGUAAUUUUACUUGUUAAGAAUGUGAGAGUAAAUAAGAUAGAUGCAUUAAAUGUGAUAGUUCAAAGAAAAGAAUACUAUAAAAUAAUUCUUGCAUUUGUAUAGAAGGGUAUUCUGAAAAUGAACUUAAAUAAUGCAUUCCAAUUGUUAACCCUGUCCAAAAUAGGUGCAUUUUACCAAAUUUUGGACCUGGCAUUUAUUAAGAUUAAUCAUGUGAAUGCCCAGAUGGAUAGUUCCUCAUUGAAAGCUCUGGAAGAUGUGCAGCAUGCCCUUCAAAUGAUUGUAAAACUUGCAAUUCUUCAUCUUGCAUAACAUGCCAUGAUGGGUAUGAGCUAAAUGCUAAAGGAUUUUGCUUUAAAAGAGUUACAGACUAAUCAGCAUAAAUUGUGCUAUUCAUUUUCUGCGGUUUAGCUUUUUGUUUUGUUUUUAGUGCAGGUUUAGCUUACUUUAUAAAGAGAUAAUAUAAAUUCUUUAAAAUAAAAAUAAUUCCAUAAGCAAAUAAAAAUAAUAGUAGUAAUUUUUUAGAGGCAUCUACUGUAAAAUUUCAAGAGUAAUAAUCGUUACCAAUAAUUAAUAUCGUAUGA